AUGGUCAACAAAAUUAGGAUUAGUGUUGUCGUCCAGGGGACCGAUGCUAGUGAUCUGGUGCUAACCCCGUUGAUAUUCAAGCUAGAGGAUGUGGAAAGAGCGAGGAAACUUGGUGUUUGCGGUAUUCUGGCCGGUACUUUACCGACUGCAGCCCAACAGAACAUGUUUUUGUCUGUUCCUCUUAAACUGAUGGCCGAGGAGGCUAUAUGGCUGUUUUUAAGUGGCCAUGCAGAGGUCGUUCAUCUAAGGAGCCCUACUAGCAGCUUGAUUGGUAACUUGAUCAAGGAAAACCUUGAGUCAUUACAAGCAGCCAAUGAAAGUAAGCUACAGGAGUCUUUCCGUCUGCAGAGACAGUUUAAAGUGGAACAGCAUCGGCUUAAGCUAGAGAGUUUGGGCCGUUUACCACCAGGGGGUGAGUUGCCUCACGAUCCACAGAUUGACAGCUUGAUUGAUUCAUCGUUGUUUGUGGAAACUGCAAACAGUUCAUCAAUAUUAUCCAAGCUAAGCAGCAAGCAGCAACAAGACGGGUGCAUUGAUGCCCAAAUAAUCAAUUGUAUGAUUGCCAAUUACUCCAACUGGGACAAUUACUUGCUCUACCAGUCACUACGAGAGAAUGGCUAUGUUCUGUCUCCCGGUGCCCGUUUUGGUGGGUUGUACAUUGCAUACCCGGGCGACCCACUACGAUACCACUCGCACAUUACCGUACAACCAGCAAUAGACUACUACAAGGAGGGCAUUGAUUUGACACUACUGACCAGUGGGGCAAGACUGGGGACAAGUGUCAAGAAGAUGUGGGUCAUUGGAGGGGUGAAAAAUUACGGUACUAAGCAGGAGGAAUUACGUAAGCCCAAAGCACCUGCAGACGUUUCCUUCUUCUCAAUUGAAUGGGCUGGUUUUGGUUAA